AUGGUAGUGGUGGCUCUGAGGCCGGGGCGCUUCUAUGGCAGCGCGUUGCCGAGGCCGCGGUUCUACCCCAAUGUGAAGUUCAACGACGAGCGUGUGGAUCCCCCUCCGGCAGCCCUCGAUCCUCUUCUCGGUUGGGCCCGGGAAGCGCACUGGUCCAUGGGGGGGCUCAGCUUCCAGCGCCACCGUCUCCAGGGCCGCAUCGAAGGUUCCAUCAAGAAGCUCCGGGCCGAGGCGGAAAGGGCUGGGAGGAGGGGUAGAAGCGAGGCCACAAAGAAGAUAAAGGAGGAAGAAGCAGGGAAGAAGAGGAAGCUCCGUGCUGUGGAUCCGGCGGAAGAAAUCGAAGAUGACGGCGUGGAGGAAGAAGAAAAGGAAGAUGAGGAACGUGCCGUCAAGGCUAUUCCUACUCCCCGGCCGAGGCAGAGGCGGCGGCUGGUCAUCCCCGACGAUGGCGCCUUCGAUUCCGACUCGUCAGGACAGACCAAGCUAGUGGUUGAGGAAUCAGAGCCCUCCUCGAGCCGUCCUCGGCGGACGAGCGCGAGGAAGCUCGGAGACGAGUUCGACAGGGUGGCUGGCAUUUCGAAUCGUGAGGGGAGGACUCCCAGAUCUGACUCGUCUCUUUCUGCGUCCGGUGUUCCUCCACGGGCUCGGAAUCCCCGCGAGGAGGGAACCAUGCCCUCCCCUGCUCCUGUCGAGUCCGGCACCUCGUCGGAGAUCUCGAAAGGGAGGAGAAGCGUGGGGGCGGUUGCCCCGGCGGCACCGGAGGCUGGCAGAGGCUCUCCGCGUACCUCUCCUCGCUUGCGGCGAUCUCCCCGAGGGUAA